GGGGCCCGGCCCGGCGCAGCGCGGCCCGGUCCGAGGCUCGGGCGGUCCCGCGGCCCUUCCCGGCCGGACAUGGCCCAGAGCGGCCCCGGGGCGGCCGCGCCGCGGGACGAGCCCGCCGAGGAGCCCGAGGGCGGCGGGCGGCGCUGGGGCGCUCAGCACGCCGGGGCCCGCGAGCUGGCCGAGCUCUACUCGCCAGGAAAGAGACUGCAAGAAUGGAUCUCUGUCAUCUUAUGCUUCUCUCUGAUCUGCUUCAAUUUUUACAAUCUCCUCUUGUACUUGCGGCUGGAGCACACGCCCUCGGUUCUCGUUGGGAUUUUUGCAGGAGUUAUCACAGCCGACUUCCUCUCAGGACUGUUCCACUGGGGAGCAGAUACCUGGGGAUCUGUGGAGCUGCCCAUCGUUGGAAAGGCUUUCAUCAGACCCUUUAGGGAACACCAUAUUGACCCCACAGCAAUCACCAGACAUGAUUUCAUAGAGACCAAUGGAGACAACUGCUUCAUGACACUGGUCCCCCUGGCAAACAUGGCCUACAAGUUUGUGUCUUUUUCCCCAGAGGCGCUGUGUGACACCUGUCCCUGGGAGUGUUACGUCUUUGCCCUCAUCAUCUUCAUAACCAUGACGAACCAGAUCCACAAGUGGUCCCACACGUACUUCGGCCUUCCACGCUGGGUCAUAUUCCUCCAGGACUGGCACAUCAUCCUGCCCCGGAAGCACCACAGGAUCCACCACGUGUCCCCUCACGAGACCUACUUCUGCAUCACCACGGGUUGGCUGAAUUAUCCAUUAGAGAAGAUAAGAUUUUGGAGAUGUUUGGAGAACAUCAUCCAAGGACUUACUGGGGAGAAGCCAAGAGCAGAUGACAUGAAAUGGGCUCAGAAAAUCAAAUAACUUCUGCCAGCCUUCUGCAAUCCUUAACUUGUUGCCAAUGUUGUUUUUAAAAGAAAAAAAAAAA